AUGAGCGGGCACAGGGCGCAAAACCCUCAACGCGCGGGGCAAAACCCUCGACCUGGGCGCGGGGGGCCGUACCACGGCGCGUCGGCACUCUCCGCUUCUCACUUCCGACCAUCUCGCCCCCCGCCUCCCAAUGCCGCCGCGUUAGGGCAGUUCGAAGCCGCCUCCCAUCAGUACGCUCCGGCGCCCGCCUCCAACCAGUACCCUUACGCGCCGCAGUUCGGACCACCAGGGCUGCCGCCGUUUGCACAGUCCCAGACGCCUCCCAUUGCUGAGUUGGUCAACCCCACCCUUCAGUUCAUACCACCAGGGCCACCAGGGCCGCACCAGGAGGAGCCGUAUGAUACACGGAAUUACCCUUUGGUGGAUUCGCAACAGCCGCUGCCACUGCAACAAUCGCCAUCACCACCGCCAAGACCAUCUUCACCACCGACACCAGCAGUGCCUUCAUCUCCACCACCAUUGCCAUCACCAAUGCCGUUGCAUCCUUCAUCUCCAGGUAAGCGGCAUUUGGAAGCCGAGCAUCAUCCAGUUCCUAAAAGGAUUAGAAUGGUGACGUUAAAGGUGAAAUAUAUGUCAGUGUUAGACUUCUUUGAUGAAUAUCAAGUGACUGAACCAUAUAAGUUUAAAGUUGGAUCUUCAUUUGGUGAUAUCCCACAAGCUGACCAUACAAAGACAACACACAUUGGGGCUACUGUGUUAGACGGAUAUGUUGAAUUCUUUUUUAAGUUACAUGCAGAGAACAAAAGCUUUGGUGGCAAUUUCGAUGUCAGUGAUAUGCUUGUGUCAGUAGAAGAUCCUUUGCAUACCAGAUAUGGUGAAGCUGGAAAUAGGCCUGCAUAUGUUGAUGACUUCAUUUCUCGGGUAGAAGAUCUAUCUAUAGAGUCAGAUGUUGAAGAAGAAGCACGGGAGAUACAACUUUGGGUCAUCAGGCAUCAUCCUUUACUUAUCGAGCCUGCUAAAAGAAGACUGCUACUUGAAGACUUCUACAAAUUCUAUAAAGCGCUGGAUCGUACAGCAGCGGAACAACUUAUUAAAAAAAUAAACAAGUUCUGCCAUCCUAGGUGGCAUGUUUUCACUGCGACUAAAGAUAAGUUUAUCUCUGCUAUAUACUUGAAAAAUCAUCAGAGAGACUAUGUUGCAGAUCCGGAUCUUCACGAGGAAAAUCCUCACUAUUAUUCUUUUACUGGAGAGGAUGGCUGUCUUGCAGCGUUCCUGCGCAAUUUUAUUGUUCAUGGGCCAAAAGAAGCAUUGGCUUGUGAAAUUGAACUGGAAGAACUAGAACUAAUAGUUGCACAUUACUUUGGAAAACUUUUGCCCACUUUUCUUGAGGAAAUGUCCAGCGCCACAGACAAGCAUGAAAUGCUCAAGGAGAUACUUACUGUGUAUGCUGAGCGGAGAUCUGUCUCGCGUAGAGCUUCGGGGUUAAGGAUGGAGGACUGA